CUGGUUGCAUAGUAAAAUCCCUUGCAGCUGAUUGGCUACGAUUAAAUACAGGAAGCUAAUGGUAGCCUACAGAACAGAAGCAUGUUUUACCAAACAUAGGACACGUUUAUAAAACACUGAUGACAGAAUUAAGAUCUGAAGUCUGCAAUGGCAGGAUUGACUGAAUCAUCACAACUGAUCCUGUCAGCUGAGGAGGUAAAACAAGAAGAAUUCGACGAUUUUCUACAAGACUAUCUGUUUGGAUCUCAGACAGUAGAAAACUCCAGGCUUGAACAUGGUUGCUGCAGGCCUGAGACUGAAAUGUUCACCUUCACCUGCAAAGAAGAACAGCACUCACCUGUGGAAAUCAAACAAGAGGAAGACUCUGAUUCAAGUGGAUAUGGUCAUGACACCUCUCCUGCAAGAGACGUUCAAAGGAUCCAAUCUGGGAAAAGUGGGAACACUGAGGAAAAAAAGAGGAAAGGGGGACGCCCGAAAUUGCCCCCGGGCCAGAAGAAACUACGGCAGCCAUUCCACGCCAGAGAGAAACCGCAUAAAUGCCCCGAAUGCCCCAAAGCCUUUCCUAUAGCCUCCGCUCUCAAAGCUCAUCAGCAAGUCCACUCCGAUGAGAAGCCCUUUCAGUGCAGCAUCUGUGGGAAGGGAUUCAGGAGAGACCGACACGUCAUCCAGCAUCAGCGCACCCACACCGGAGAAAAGCCGUUCAAAUGUUCCUACUGCGGAAAGGCCUUCAGUCAGGUGGCCAACCACAGCAGACACGAGCGCACCCACACCGGAGAGAAGCCGUACCGCUGCACCGUGUGUGAGAAGGCGUUCGCCUGCAGCGGGGACCUGGGCAAGCACCGGCUCACGCACGGGAGGAACCGGUGCGCCACGUGCGGCCAGAGCUUCAGGAGCCACUUAUCGCUCAGCGUCCACGAGGUCACACACACGGGCGAGAAGCGCUUCCACUGCUCCCAGUGCGGCGCCAGCUUUGUGCGGGGCACCAGUCUGCGGCGGCACCAGGGCGUCCACACGGGGGAGAAGCCGUUCGCGUGUGCCACCUGCGGGUACAGGUGCAGGGGCAAAGCAGAGCUCGCCGCCCAUCAGUCCAAGCACUCGGGCGUGAGCCUGUUCAAGUGCUCCACGUGUGCCAAGUGUUUCGGCACCAACGCACACCUCAGGAUUCACCAGAGGAGCCACACGGGGGAGAAGCCGUGUGUGUGCGCGACGUGUGGGAAAGGGUUCAGCUCCAGCUCCGGUCUCGCUAUCCACCAGGUGACGCACACAGGGGAAAAGCCUUACCUGUGCUGUUACUGUGGAAGGGGCUUUACUCAAGUCGGUAAUCGCAACAAACAUCAGACUAAAAGAUGUGUCCAAUCCACGCACAAGAAGAAGGCUAGAUAAUAGACUGGUCCUAAUUCGGGAACUGUAUUCCCCGACCAUAUAAGGGGCGAUGAAUUGAGAUUUAGAAUUUUUUUUUUUGUUAAUUUUGUUUGUUUUGUUUUUAAUGCAGGGAUGCAGUACAUUUCACAUGGAUAAUAUUUAUCUUUUUGAAGAAGUUUUUUGGUUUUGUUCGUCUUUUUGAUGAGAUAUUUCAUUUUCCCAAAAUAAAUUCUCUUCACCAUG